UACUGUUAAAUGUUAAAUUGUUUUACACAAAUCUAACAGUCUGCUAUAGCCACAGCUCACUAUAAGCUCUUUAAGGAAUUUUAGGAGCAUCACAGAGGCGGAUUGUGAACUGAUCCUAUUUAAAACAUGUUGUGUGUCCAAGACUCAGGCGGCUUACUGCGCGAGCACAUGCGCUAUAUGAUGCGCUCUCUGCAGGACCUGAAGCAGCUGCGUCAAACCUGCGCCAUCACCCAGCCCUCCUCCGGCCCCUGCAAGGCCCUGAUCGGCCGGCGCGAGCGACGGGCGCGGCUGCGCAUCAGCGAUGCCAGCGACUCGGGCAGCUCGGACUCGGCGUGCCGCCUGUCCUGCCACCCGGAGGACGAGAGCAGCAGCGCAGCCAGCAGCCUGGAGUUCGACUCGGGGUACUCGGAGUCCUCGUGGCGGGAGGAUUCCGGCGUGGCGCUGCGCAGGUUCAGGAACGUCCGUGUGUCCUCGCUCGAUCUGGAUCACGACCGGACGCCGAGCCCCAUCAGCCGCGCCCGGGCGCGUCCCAAAUCCACGUCAGACGUCUGUUUGGAGACGUGGACGGCGUUCGAGGCGGCGAGCGAGCCGGGAGACUGGACGGCGUCUCUGAUGACACGUGGGCGUAACCGGCAGCCGCUCGUCCUGGGCGAUAACAGUUUCGCCGAUCUCAUUCACAACUGGAUGGACCUGCCGGAGUGCCCGUCCGAACCGGCAGAGCCGAGGCCCAGCGCCAGCAGAAAGCUCGCCAAGGACUUCCUGGUGAACGUACGGCGGAGGAUAGCCAGGUUCUCACAGAACGUAGAUGGACAGAAAAAGCCGGCAGACAGAGCAGCGACGGCGACCAAGCGGCUCUCGUGUCCGGUGGACGUUCCACGCAAAAUACCGUUUUUCCACAAAUCACACAUGGACCUGCAGGAACCGGACACGGACUUUCACCGCUUCACGGCCCUCAUGAAGACGGGCAGUCGACAGCCAAUCAUCUGCAGCGAUAUUAUGGGGUACAUCUGAGAGCCAACAUUGGACUCGUCUGACUGAACGGACUCACGUUGUGUUUUUUUUUACAUGAGAUUGUCAUACAAAUGCAUCUUGUUAAGCUAAAUAUAAUAAUAUAAUAAAAUAAUAUGCAAAAUUUA